AUGGCAUGGCCAGCAGGCGAAAACGGCGACAAUAUGAACGUUGCUAUAAAUUCACAAUAUGUACUCCGUACUUUAGCUUCUGAAAUCACACCCCGUGCUAGUUGUGGCGUUAUGAUCAUUGCUAUGAUACUGCUUGCUAUGGGUGUAAUUGUGCUGCCAUUCUCGGCUAAGUUCGAAAAUAUGGUAUACACGUCGAUCAUCAAAUAUCAUCGUUGGUUGUUUCGUAUCAUUUUUUGCUCCAUAUUCUUUUCCAUAAUAAAUACAAAUAAAAUUGAGAAUGGGUGUGGAUAUUCAUCGAAUAGAUUCAAAGCAUUACACAACGCGUUUCGAACCUUGCUUAAGGGCUCAUCAUCAGGCAUGUUCUGA